AUGGAUCUCAGUCUUGAUGAAAUAAUCUCUAAGAAUCGGGCCUCAAGGCGUGGUCGAGGCUCAAAAUCUCAAAAUGAGCUCCGGAGGACCAGUGGUGGUCGUGUUCAAAAGCGAAGACUCAAUGAUUUCCCUAGACGAAGUCUUCCCGAUAAGUGGCAGCAUGAUCUUUUCCUUGGUAAUGGAGGCGGGGCAACUAAGGGUAAUGCUAAAAUUCUCAUCUCCAACCUCGACUACGGCGUAAACGAUGACGACAUUCAGGAACUUUUUCAAGAAUUUGGCGUUCUCCGUCGUGCAGCCGUUCACUACGAUCGCAGUGGUCGAUCCCUUGGCACUGCUGAAGUUAUUUACGCAAGUCGUGCUGAUGCGGCAAAAGCGAUUGAACGCUACAAUGGUUUACCCCUGGAUGGUCGUCCUAUGAAUAUCCAGUUUGUUGGAGCUGCAGAUGGGCAAGCACAAGCCCGUAAUCGUCUUGGUGACGUAUCCCGUGGACGUCAGCAGCGCGGUCGCGGUGGCAGAGGUGGACGUCGGGGCAACCGCAAUACUCGGCCUCCGGUAACGAAGGACCAGCUGGACGCAGAACUAGCAGCCUACACUGCUCAGGUAGAAGGCAUGAGCAAGAAAGCCGAGUGUAUCGUCUGCAUCAGCUCUCGUCCUAACGAAAGGCUUUUAAUUGGUGUGAUUGAAUUUUCCAAGCAUCGUCUUGCUCUCCACUUUUGUGUGCCAUGCUGUAAACUUUUUUAUCGGUAG